AUGAACUCACCUUUCACUAAACACAUAUAUAGAGCAAUAAGUAAAAAUAUGAAAGAAAUUCUUACUCGAUUGCUUGCUCAUACUACUUUUUCUAAUGAUAAUCAAUUACUAUAUGAUGUUCUUUAUGAACUUCAAGACAUAGAAUCAGGUUGGACUAAGGAAUAUCAUGAAGCGAUGGGACAACACGUCCAAAUUGCGCGUGAAGAUCACAAGGUAACGACAAAACAGGAAUCCAGGCGUGGGAAGGUUGAAGACGGAUAUGGUCAACAAUGCAAACAGCAUGUGCCUGGCGUAAUGGAUUAG